GUCGACGGAAAGAGAAAAGCGAACUGCAGGCUGAAGCAUCAAGCUGGUCGCCAAGCUCGUCGGCGUUUCCUUUCGGAAUACUAUUGGCAUGAAAUCUUUAAUAACCGUAGUGUACAUUUGUGGCUUAAUUUAUAAAAAUGUUAUCGGGGCUUGGUUGGACUGGGAAGCGCUUUUAUGUCGUAAAAGUCAUUUACGAUAGCAAGUCCGCUAGCUAAUGUUAGCAUUGAGGACGAGAAACAUCAUUGGGGGAUGCUAACCCCAACAAGCCCCCCUUUUCUUUUUUUUGCAAUGACUGAGCUCGUUUUCGUUUGAAAGCCCUUCUGCGAUAUCGUUGCUGGCUUCUUUAUCAAAAUCCGAACAGCGACGACGGGCAAUUCAAGCUCCAGGAUGAGAAACUGUGAGUACCAGCAAAUCGAUCCGCUGGCGCUGUCGGUGGCACCCGCUUCAGUUCAAAAUCACACCGACAAGAAAACGGAGCGUCUGCGGAGAAAAUGGGAAGUGUUCCCGGGGAAGAACCGAUUUUUUUGUGACGGACGGGUCAUCGUGGCCAGACAGAGCGGCGUCCUGCCUCUGACAUUGGGGCUUAUUGUUGUCACAUGUGGCCUUUUCUUUGCAUUCGAUUGUCCAUUCCUCGUGGAGCAUCUGACAGUCGUCAUCCCGGUGAUCGGUGGGGUGCUUUGUGUGUUUGUGGUCCUCUCCUUGCUGAGAACCAGCUUCACAGACCCAGGCAUCCUACCCAGGGCCACUUUAGAUGAAGCUGCAGACAUCGAGAAGCAGAUAGAUACCUCAGGAUCCUCAACGUAUCGUCCUCCGCCACGGACCAAGGAGAUCCUCAUCAACCAGCAGGUGGUCAAACUCAAGUACUGCUUCACAUGUAAAAUGUUUCGCCCUCCUCGGACCUCACACUGCAGCCUUUGUGACAACUGUGUGGAGAGGUUUGAUCAUCACUGCCCGUGGGUGGGGAACUGUGUGGGCAAACGCAAUUACCGCUUUUUCUACAGUUUCAUCAUCUCCCUGUCUUUUCUGACAUCUUUUAUAUUUGGCUGCGUCAUCGCACACAUUACCUUGCGUUCUCAAUCGGGUAAAAGCCUCAUCCAAGCCAUCCAAGAGAGUCCUGCCAGCGUGGUGGAGCUGGUCAUUUGUUUUUUCUCUAUCUGGUCUAUUCUGGGCCUCUCAGGCUUCCAUACCUACCUAGUAGCCUCUAACCUUACUACAAAUGAGGAUAUUAAAGGGUCCUGGUCCAGUAAAAGGGGCGCCGAGGAGUCUGGGAAUCCGUACACUUAUAACAGCAUCUUCGCCAACUGCUGCGUGACAUUAUGUGGGCCCAUGCCACCGAGCUUAAUUGACAGGCGAGGCUUCCUGUCACCGGAGGAGUCCUCCCCCGCUGCGCCUAUCUCAGAGAUCGAGCUGCCUUCCUUCGCAGCCAAGAAUGACACAAACAUGAAUGAUUUUCUCAAUUGUGGUGACAGUAAAUCAGCGAUAGUUGGGUUCAUGGAAACAAUGAGAAGGCGCAUGUUGAGCGCACGUGUUCUUCAAAGUGCGUGUGAAUGUGAUCUCACAAUAUGGACGACAGGCGAGCCAAAGCUACACUGGAAGGCAGUUCAGAGAGGGCAGGGCUUGGUCACCAAACGCACGGGAAAAGAAAAAGCUGCAUGACUCAACUUUUUUUUUAACCUCCACUUUAAUUAUUUUGUCAAUUGAUUUUUAUAAUUUUUUUAUGUGAUGGCAGUAUUUUUAUAUAUCAAGCAUCAUUUAAUUUGACACAAUAUACAAUUGUUAGCAUCUGCCUCACAGUUGAAAGCUUCUAAGUUUCAUUCUUGCCUUACUCACAUCAGAACCGUGUGCAUGUUCGGUUAAUGGAAGACUCCCAUUUGUCCAUAGUGGGAAAGGUUGUUUGUCUAUAUGUGCACUGUGGUUGCCUAGUGACCUCUCUAACAUUUGCCCCACCUCUUGCCCAGCUCAGAGAGGCCCCGGCUCGCUUGCAACUGUAAUGAGGCCAAGCGGUAUAAAAAAGAGAAAUAAAAAGAUUAGGCGGCAAAAUCUGUUUUAUAGUACACAUAAAAGACUCCCUCUAAUUAAUAUAUGACUAAUACUGGAUUAUUAGGGUACAAAGUAUGAUAAUUUGAGCACAAUUUGCACUUUUGCUUUACUUCAUUGUACCAUAAUUAACCUUUUAAUGAGCUAUCCUCCAUAGAACUCUCAAAAUAUUGCGAGUCAAGUUGUAGUGUGGUUUUUAAUGCGCAUUCUAGAGUGUAUUUCUUUUUCUUUUUUUUGUACAUUGAAUGUUAUUUACAUCCUGUGACAUAGUGCAGGAAUCCUUCAAUGGUAAACACCUGAUUUGCGGUUAUGCAAUGACCAAUAAAGGCCGUCGGACUUCAGACACUUGAAUGUGGCUCAGGUUUAUGUAGCAAUGACAAUAAAAUGAGAGCAGCAGGGGAAAAAAGACACGAUGACCGACAGAUAGCCGAUGAGUGUUGAGUCACUGUAAGGGCAUGACCAGACAUAACGCUUAUUUGACUUACUGCACGCUAUAUUGUUUGCCAGGGUAAUGUUCCAAAAGAGAGAAAAAGCAAGUUCAUGGCAGAAUGUCACUACAUCUGUCACACACAAAAAAAAUGAAGCGUACAGUAAAAAAAAAAAGUGUGUGUAUAUUUUUUUUCUCACUCUGAAACAUGACGUCGGGCGUCUGACCUCCAGCUGCUUUUGAAAGCUUCGCUGCUUGUAACUCACAGCAGCUUUUGGCCAUGUGUGCUCUGUGUGCUUUUUUCCCCUUUUGCUCGUGAAAGUCAAACCUGCCCCACAACGCAUGAAUCUUAGAUAAAAGUGACCAAAUCAAUCCGUUUUUACGAGACGUUUGGUCGAUUUUUCGCUCUGAUUUUAAGCCAAAAUUUGAGAUAGCAUCCUUACGUUUACUGUUAGACUAAAUAUAAAAUAAAAUUGCGUAUUAAACACAACUUUACCCGAACGUCUGCUAGCUUAAUGCUAACACAUAGCAGGAAAAGCCACAAAUGAGCUAACGAAUAGCAACAAGAUAGCGUUUUUGUAGCCUUAACAGCAGCACAAUUAUUUUCAAAUCUCUUGAGGCAAUCAUCUCCUUCUCGUUCUCUACGCCACGCUUCGUAAACACCACGUCACCAAACACUAAUUGUCACGUUUACGAGUUUGAAGACACCUGAGGGCGUACUAUGAGUAAACGUAUUUAACGUGAACAAGCCAAGUCCAAAACACAGUGUAACUGUUUGCAUGGGUGGGGUUUUCAUUCUUUUGUGAUUUUUGUCCAUGCACAAUGGAAUGGGGGUUUGCGCUGUUGUGGGUGUGAACACAGCCAAUGGAAGCAUACAAACGACGCAUACUGCUCUAUUUUUUGGCACGCUGAGGUUGGAAAAAAUGUGCUUUUGCUCCGAAAAUCAUAAAGUCAACCUGCGUUGGGAUGAUCUUAACAGAUACGGCUUCUGAGGGAAUUUAUCUGGAAACAUCCCACUGAUUUGAACGGCUCCCGUGUGUUGCUCGGGCCGGGGGUUCUGCUCCUGGCGUCGGGAGGGCAGCGGGGUGCGGGCUUUCUGGGAAUGAAACCGGAGCUCCCUGCUAAAUAGGGGUUCCCUUCUCACAUCUGGUAAACUCUACAGAGGUUGAAAGGACCCAUCGCUCCACUUGUGGAAGUUUUUCAAAUGAGUCACGUGUUGGGAAAAUGGCAGAAGUUGUAUAUCGUAUUUUUACAUUUUCGUGAUAUUCUUGGCCCCGGGUGUCUGUACUUUGUGGGUAACUGUCUGGCGGGGUCACAGACGGAGGCACGUCGAGUGAAAAGUAAAGCAACAUGGGGUUCGGUUUUUUUUAGUGUAGGAUUUGAGAGUACAAACAGUUAUUCGGCUACGUUAAGGGUCAUUAUGAAACGGCUGGAUGGUACGGUUUGAGCUCCCGUUAAGGAAUCUGUCCAAGUAAGAAGCUCCCAGCCAAAGAGUGCGAGCAAAAAGGAGUUUUAUGACUGAGGCUAUACAUUCCUGUCUUUAACACAGCCUCCUCUAUAACUCAUGCAUGCAUCCACAUGUGUGCUUGAGCUUUUUGGCUUUCAGGGGGAAGUAAAGAGACAUUUCACACGGAUAAAAUAUGCGCCUGACGCACUGCCAACAUCCCCUCACUUCUCUGAUGUGCCGUAUGAAAGCUGCACAGUUGAUUUAUUGUCUGUUUUAUCACAACUUCUAAAGGAAUUUCUUAUCUUGCUAGGCCACUGUUUGCAUUUUUUCAUUUUUCUCAGUAGUUGCAGCCUUUAGCCAAAGUUACCCCCCCCCCCCCCCCCCCCCUCUUGAGUAAAAUGAACCACUGUUACAUAAUAGUCCAAUGCUAUAUUUGACUGUUGAGCUUUGGAGCAUUUCAAGUAUGCAAUAAUGACUCUCAUCCCGAGCCACCAAGUCAUGACUGUGACUAAAAAUAUAAAAUCAUUUCAAAUAUUAAAUUCAAAAAGCCCAUGGCAACUGAAAUUAAAAAUGUAUUCAUCAAAAUUCCCCAGAUUUUAGAAAAAUUUCAUUUUCAAGUUGUAAAGGCUGCAAUGGAUGCGUUUGCGUGUUCCUCACUCUGACCAUUAUGAUUAAUCAGAAUUACAUAAUCAUGUACACAUUUGUAACAUAUUGGAAUUAAAGUACACUUUUUUCAUAGUGUCUAUUAUGCUCAAUCAACAUUAAAUUCGAAAUUGUAAUUACGAUUUCUGGUUGCCAUUAUGUUUGGAAUUCCCUCAUGCUGCACUCUUGCGCUAUUAUUCGUGUGAGCAUAUUUUAAGUCACAAAAUUACUUUCAUUGUUGUAAAUGUCAUUCUUCAGCCUGGGAAAAACUUUAAGCAACAACAGAUUUUGUAAUAUUUUGAGUGAGCAUUGGCUCUGUUUUUAGAUUCAAAAUGAUGAUGUCAUUAAAAUCAACACUUAGUAUUAUAACAAAAUAUAUCUUAUAUAAAUUUAUAAGAAAUGCAAUUAAUUGAAUAAAAAAAAACAAGGCCAGCAAAAUACAAGUCUUUUUUUUUUAAUGGUUUUUUUUUCUUAUCUGACUAUGCUCCUUUGGCAAAACCCAAAGCUAUAUUCACUCCGUUGUGAACACUCCACCGAGCACUUCUGUAAUUAAUCAGGCAGCCACUCUUGACGUCAGCAGCGUGGCCUGCUUGCGCAAGCUCUCUCCACUCUCUCAUAGAUUUGUCUUCUGGGGCAACCCGUAAAAGUAAACGGAGCUCUUAUCACACCUUUUCUGUUGUGAUAAGACAGCCGGCGUAGGUCCGGAUGUCCCCGGCCGAGUGGUCAAGUCAACCUGCUUUUGGAGAACAGGUGCCAUGACUGAAGCCACUACUAAACAAACUUGUAUCUUUCCAAACACAGUGGAAAGAGCGUCUCAGUUACACCGUGUAAAACCAAACAUAGAGUAAUUAAAGCAUCAGCUUUAGUAGUUACAGGUCAAAACAAUUGCUAAUUAUAGCUAAGACUUGUUCUUCGUGUUUAACAUGUAUGUGCCGUGUGGAGAGACUUAAAUAUUUCCAUGCAUGACGUUGGUGAUAAUUGUUCAACAACAGGUUGUGUAUGACUUAAGAGUUUUUUCUUUGUGACAUAAACAAUAUGACGGAAAAACACAAAAUUAGUCUCGCAGUGCUUGAGAAUUUGCCAAUAUUUUCGCAGGCAGUUAAAAGGCCAAUUUGCCUAGGGUGUGUUGGAAUAGGAACAACCUCACCGCGCCUACUAGACCCACAGUGUCACUUGUCAUGGAUCAGGCAGGAUGUCAACUCAGGGAUAAACGCGAGAUCCAGUGUCACUCGUGCGAUUAAAUUAGUGCAGGGGGUCACCGACCUGUUUGAAACUGAGGGAUCCAGUUUAAUACUCGCCUCUCAAAUGAUAUUAUAACCGGUCAAUUGUAAAAUGUUCAUUUGGGGUGGCUUUAUGAGUCCCUAAUUGUAUGUAUUUUUAUUUUUUUUAUAGCACAUCAGGCUUUUAAAAUGGUUUUUUUUUUUUAAGGUUGACCGAUGAAAGCUUGUGCAAUAUUGAUUUGAUCAUCCAUUGGCAUUUAUAGCUAAGAAAAUCAUAUUAUGAAAUAUGUAUUAUGAAUAUUAUUAUCAUUAUCAAAACCAGAAAAUCAUAGAUUCAGAAUCAGCGCAAAAAAGAUGACAUCGUUUACAUUUUCAAAUCAUGAUUGAUUGAACAUUUAUUGAUCACUUCUACAAUGUUCCUUUGAAAUUGCAAAGUCCAAUCACUGGUGAGUUAUUUUUAGAACAGGCCUGUGCCACAUUCAUGUGUUCCAUAAUUAAUCUGUGUCUGUUGUAAAUACAAUCUGUAGUUAAUAAAGAUAUAAAAUCUUAUUUGUCGUGCUACUAUGGCGUUGCCAUGUAACGCUAUAUUUUCUUAACCCAACAAGUUUUUCUGAUAGUACUAAGAACAAACAGAUUCAACCCUGUCAUAUUAUCAGAAAAAGACAUGAUCAUAUCAGAUUUUUUCUUUUAUUGCAUAGCUAAAUUUGUUCUAUGCCAUUUAACAUGCUAGCUGUAUGCUACAUUAGCAUUCUUCGCAACCCUGUUAAAAUACUAUUCCAAUAAAAUGUAACUCAAUUCUAAAUGAUUUUCAU